GUUCAGUCAAUUGCCUCAUCCCAACUCCAAGGUCCAAGCCAAGGCACUCUUUUCUCUCUUUUUCGCUCCUUGCACUCUAAACUCUAAAACCUCUCAUUUUCUUUCUCUGCUAAAAAUGUCAAGCAACAGGAAAAAGCUGAUCUUCAACACAGUAUCAGUCAGCUUAGGCUGCAGCAGCUGCAAGAAGCCGAAGCUCACUAGUUUUUUUAACCCAAAACCGAAACCGAAACCGAAACCAAAACCAAAAUCCCGUUCUUACAAUACCCAUUCUUUUUACAACUACUCUUCCUCAAGCUCUUCCAAGAAAACAACCCAUUGUUCCUUCUCAGAAUAUGAAACUGCCACCUCUUUUUCUCCAAGCACAGACACUCCUGAGCACUGGGACAUGGACACCGACACGGACCAGGAAAUAGAGGGUUCAAUGGCCACCGUACGAGGGUUUGGCCGUGUGGGAGGAGAGAGCCUGGCGGUGGAGAAAGACUCCGAUGACCCUUAUUUGGAUUUCAGGCACUCCAUGUUGCAAAUGAUAUUGGAGAAGGAGAUAUAUUCCAAAGAUGAUUUAAGGGAGCUUCUCAACUGUUUCUUGCAGCUGAAUUCGCCUCAUCAUCAUGGGAUUAUUGUUAGAGCUUUCACGGAGAUCUGGAACGGGGUGUUCUCCGUCAAGCCUGGUGGGGCGUCUCCGAAGCUGCAUUUUGGGUACAGGCCACGUGACUUCUAGGUGCUGCUGCUGCCACGGUUUUGGUUUUUUGGGGCUUAGUUUCGAGUACAGUCCCAUGGGUUAAUAAAAUAUUAGUAUAUUACAAGGGAGAGCUUAAUUAUAAACACUUGUUAAGGUAGUAUUUAAAGAAAUAUUUUCGUAUUCAAUGCUAUAGUAAGUUGUGAAUGUGAAGCUUUUUGAUGCAUUAAAUGAAAAUAUUUCUUUAAAUAAAAACCUUUAACAUGUAGCCUUUGGCUUAUGUUCA